AUGGAGAGUAUACGUGGAAGCUUUGCUAUCGCUAGAAGUGCAAAAUUUCCCAACUGCCUCCUGCGCCAAGCGCCACGUUUGAGGGGUACCUGUGAGGAAGAGAAUGUCUCAGGGGCAGAUGGUUUAUUAGGCCACAGGGACCGGGAUUCGGUGAGGGACCAGCUAGGAAAUGGUGUAAAGUUGUUGGAGCGAAAAGUGAAGGACCUACACUAUGACAAGCCUCUGCGAAGCAACGUCGGUGGCUCUAUCUGGAGCCCAUACGUGGAUUGUGACCGUACUGACUCGUUGCACUGGUUGCUUGCAGAUGCGCGUAAAGACUACAUGCAGAGCCGGAACUUCAGGAUCAGGGAGGUGGAUAACCUCGUGAUAGACGAGAAAGAGUGGGCUUCUGCCCGGCGUAAGGGUGGCUUUGACAAAUUACUGCUGGCUCAAGACACGCAUCACAACGCCAUGAACCUUCGCCAAGGUCUCUUCAGAGAUAUAGAGCGUUGGCAGCAAGCAUUGCUAUGUGGGAGUAGCCCCAUGCUGCCAGAUGAUCGGGCGUUGUUCCCAAACGACAUUAUUACAACGUGCAGACAUAUCGAUGCGCACCGGACGGCUAAGCGUUGUGUCGAACUCAUUCGAGGAGAAUGGGAGAAUAUGCGAUGCUCAUUCGAAAGUCAAGCGGAACCGGCGUGA